GCCUGGGACACCAGCAUCUAUUCAGUCCUAACUUCGUCCCCAAGCUCCUGGGGGGGAAAUGCAGGAGCAGGGGGGCGGGAUUCCAGCAAGACUGGGGUCAGGGGGGACAAGGGUCAGAGAGCAAAGCCUGAGUUCCAGUGGGUGGUCCACAGAACCAGGAGAUCCGUUGCUAGGUAACCAGAUCUCCCUUCACUUCCCAAUACAUCAUCCUGAGCUCCCCACCGCAGGUGUCCAGCCGUCUUUCCCGGGUCUCGGACACCCACCCUCCAGGGGACCCUGACAAGCAGGAGGAAGGGAGAAGCAAGAGCCCAGCUACCAGCUACCCCCCCCCCCCAGCCACCCCCAGCCACCGGUUCACUGCGAGGAUCCGGCCGCCUGGCCCAUCGGGUCACCACCAGCAUGAGCCUGGGCAUCAUGGAGGAGGACGAGCUGGCCGAGUACUUCCGGCUACAGUAUGGGGAGAGGCUACUACAGCUGCUGCAGAAGUUCCCCAACAUUGAGGAGCAGUCGGAGUCCCCAUCCAUCCGGCUCCUGGAGAAGAAGAAAGAGGCCAAGAUCAUGCACACUGCUAUGGAGCAGAAGAAGGAGAUGUUUCGGCGCCGGAUGGAAACCCUGAAUCUGCGUUGGGAGGAGCUGGGUACCAAGGAGGCCCAGCUGAAGGCUCACAUCCAGAAGUUCGAGCAGUUCAUCCAGGAGAACGACCAGAAACGGAUCCGCGCCCUGAAGAAAGCCAACAAGGAGCGCGAGCUGAAGAGGCAGCGGGUGCGCGAGCUGGCCAAGGUCAAGCAGGAGAUGGGGGCCCUGCGGCUGCAGCACCAGCGGCUGAGCACCAAGAUGCAGGAGUUCUCCGUCUUCAACAAGUACCUGGAGAAGGUGGUGGAGCACUCGGAGUUCGAGGAGAUCCACGAGGUGAUUUCACGCUACAAGACGCUGAUGAGCAUGCACCACGACCUCAUGCAGUCGGCGCAGGAGGGCCAGGAGAAGAUCGAGCGCGCCAAGGCACGGCUGGCACGCUACAUGGAGGAGAAGGACGACGAGAUCCUGCAGCACAACAAUGAGCUGGCGCGUCUGCAGAUGCGCUUUGACCGAGCCCGCAGCGACGUCAUCGUCUGGGAAUCUCGCUGGGCGCACAUCCAGAACACGGCCGCCAAGAAGACCCUCUUGCUGGGCACCAUCAAGAUGGCGGCACUGAACCUCUUCCAGAUCGUGAGCAAGCAGCUGAAGGAGACCGCCGCCGUGUCCCUGGAGGACACCCACAAACAGCUGGACAUGGUUCCCAGGUGAUGGUGCUGGUCUGGCUUCCACGCUUUGAGAACCACGGCAUUAGCGCCGAGACCCUUUUGGCCCCGGUGAACGCGGGCCCCAGCGGGGACCCACGAUUGAAUUCAUCGCUGGUGCAAAAACAGUCUUCUUAGAUUCUAGAGACGUGCUGAAAGCUCCGUGCCUGGGGCCCACGCUUUGGGAAAAGAGGAAAUUGGGGGUGGGGGGAGUCAGCAAGUCUAGGAAAGUGUUGGUGUCUGUCUUAUUAGGGGCACCCUGAGAUUC